CCUCUGUUUCCACAUUCCAUGUGAAGUGAAACUUAAAGGACAAAAAAAGAAAACUUGGGUCUACUCUCUCUCUCUCUUACAUUAUAUAAACACUGGUCUCAGACAACUUUUUCUUACCAAACCAAAACAAAAAAAAAUUCUGGUUGGAAACCCAAGAUUAUGGGUUUUUAUUUCUUGUUCUUGAAACCCUUCUUGUUGCUUUUUUUAAUAUCUCUUUCUUCUUCUUCUACAGUUGUAAAAGCUGAUGAGUAUAAUAAUGGUACAGACAGUAAUUUCUUGAUCAGUAGUAGAAGUUCAAGAAAAUUAGCAGCUAACAGCAAAUGCAAUUGGUUUAGAGGAAAAUGGGUUUUUGAUUCUUCUUAUCCUCUUUAUGAUCCUUAUAGUUGUCCUUUCUUAGACAAACAAUUCAACUGCCAAGAAAAUGGUCGUCCUGAUCGUUACUAUCUCAAGUAUAGGUGGCAGCCCUUCUCCUGCAGUCUACCCAGGUUUAAUGGGUUGUAUUUCUUGGAGAAAUGGAGAGGGAAGAAGAUAAUGUUUGUAGGUGAUUCUUUGAGUUUGAACCAAUGGCAAUCUUUGACCUGUAUGCUUCAUUCUUGGGUGCCAAAUUCCAAGUAUUCACUCAUAAGGAAUAAUGGGUUAUCUUCGGUCACUUUUGAGGAUUAUGGAGUGACGAUACUCUUGUAUCGAACACCAUUUCUAGUAGAUGUCGUUAAUGGUAAGGCAGGAAGAAUUUUGAAGCUUGACUCAAUAUACGGUGGCAGGGCAUGGGCAGGCAUGGACAUGUUGAUAUUUAAUACAUGGCAUUGGUGGACUCACACAGGAAGAACCCAACCGUGGGAUUAUAUGCAAGAGGGAAAUAAAUUGUACAAAGAUAUGAACCGUCUAGUUGCUUAUUACAAAGGAUUGACCACUUGGGCUAGAUGGGUCAACCGAAAUGUUGAUCCUUCCAAAACCAAAGUCUUCUUCCAAGGCAUUUCUCCCACUCACUAUGAGGGCAAGGAUUGGAAUGAACCGACAAGGUCAUGUGCUGCAGAGACACAGCCAUUCUUUGGAAUAAGGUACCCAGCAGGAACACCACUGGCAUGGGUUGUUGUGAACAAAGUAUUGAGCAGAAUCAAGAAACCAGUCUACUUACUAGACGUGACUACCCUUUCAGAAUACAGAAAGGAUGCUCAUCCGUCAGCUUACAGCAGGGAUCGUAACACAGAUUGUAGCCAUUGGUGUCUGCCUGGAUUGCCUGAUACUUGGAACGAACUUUUGUAUGCAGCUCUCUUUAGUUAACAUUCUUACAGUCAGGAUUAAUAAUCUUGUAAGGUAGUUGAUUUUUCUUCUAAAAAGAAGUCAUUAUUUCGAUGAUAGGAUUUUAUGCUUUUUGCUCUGUUAUUUUUGAUUUUUCAUGUGCAAAUGGGCAAUAAGGGGGUGGGGUUGAUGCUUGAACUGUAAAUUUCAGAUUGUUUUCCAUGGCAAUGCAGAACCCUCUAAACUGGAAAGGUUUUUGAGUUUGGACA